CCCCAGUCGAUCCUCCUCUCUGUCCUUCUUCUGCCGGCAUUCCGUCCACCCUCUUCUCUUCCUCGUCUGCAUGGAUCUGUUACAGAGCCUGGAGGGAAGCAGAGGAGAGGAGGAUGUGGACGUUGGUGGACGGAGCGUGAGUGUGUGUGUGCACUAAUAAACCAAUGAGGGGAGGACGACCUGACCGCAAUCCCCCGAAAGGAGCCCCCCAGUCUGAGGAUGAAAAGGAAGAACAGGAUGACAUCGCCUCGUCCUUGUGCCCCUUGUGUGGGCGUGGCUUCGACAUGCCCCUCCUCCUGCCCUGCUCUCACACGUUAUGUGGGCGGUGCUUAACAGAUGGGGCGAGGGUGGACAAACAUAGAUCUACUGUAAAGGGUGUGUCCUUUGCCUCUAGACCAAUCUGUGUGGUCCUUUGUCCACGUUGUUGCCAUGGCGUUGAAUUGCCCUGCUUUGACUGGUCAUCUGCAACUAGAUGCUUGCCCAUUGACCCUACAGUGACCAUUGAUCCUGAAUGUACUGGAGGGACAUGGGAGGUUCCAGAGGAAGAUGAAGAUGUGGAUCUUUCUGACGAAGAGAUGGAACGGUCCGUAUCAGGUUUAAUCUUUACCUUAGACUCCUCCUCCGCUGCCCCGCCCCUUUACCUCACAAGCUCCGCCCUCACUGCGACCUUCAAAGGAGAGUCUAGUCCAGAGGGUAACUAUGGCAACCGGUGCAGGUGUCGUGACCCGUGUGCCACCCUCCCUCAGGUGUGCAGCAAUGUGUCCAUCCACAGAGGCCAGUACUACUGGGAAGUUGAUGUGUGCAACAGCGCCCUCUAUAGGAUUGGUGUAAGCUCACUGGCUGGUGAUCGGGCUUGGUGGUUUGAGAGGUGUGGCCCUGCGUUCCAUGCUGUUUUUGAUGGACAGCAUGAGCUCCUCCCUUCUGUCCCCCCUCAGCUGAAGACGGUGGGCGUGUUCCUAAAUGUGGGUGGGUCUUCCCUUACCUUCCACAACCCUUUAACUCAAGAGCUUCUCGCUGCAAUCCCCUCCCGCUUCACGCCUCCCCUUUGCCCUGCCAUUCAGCUGGGCCAUGGCAGGCUGAAGCUCCGCCCAGGCCUUCCACCUCCAAACCACGUCUUCUUGAGCUGUGGCUCGGCCUACCGGGGUCCAGGAGGGGCAGGAGGGGGCCGAUGGAGACAGGACGUUGCUUUCGGAUCUGUGAGAACCGUGAUUCAGAAGUUUGAAGAGAUGGCAACGUCGGAGUCGGACUCGGGUCUGACGUCCAGUUACAGCUCCAGCUCCACACUGGCCUCCCUGCCCGAGCCAAGCACAGGCCCCCUGCCGGACAAGAACAGUAGACCACUGAGGACAGCAAAAUGCCCGGAUUAGGAACUUUGCAGUUUAGCCUAUAGGACAUACACAAGCUCCCCAUUGGUCAGAGCUUCAGGAAAUGGAUUGAAGACCUUACAUGUUAAAAUAACUACCAACAUAAUCAGGAACUGACAAAGAAAUCAACUUUUUUUCCUUCUGGACGGGCUGUGAAUCCUUGCCAGAGACUAACCAGGUUCCAGGUGGUUGUUAGGAAUGGAAAACAGCAGCAGUAGCUUUACGCCAUAAAGUCACUGUACAAGUAAUCCAUACGAGCUUAGAUACACGUUCAUCUGCCAGAAGCUUCAAAUAAAACAUAUGAAAUGUGAUUUA